ACAAAAGCACUGACCUCUUUUCCUUUGAGACGUAUCAUCUGUUUACUAUUAUAUAAACUAUAAUGAACCCAGAUACUCACUCAGCAGCAGCAGCAGCAGCAGUUCCUGUGCUACUAUAUGGAACAGCUUGCAGAGCUGGUGAUCAAGCAUCGUGAUUAAGCACCAACUGCGAGGAAACUCUCCGUGCAUUCAGUCCAAUUCAGCCCGGCACUGAUUACACUCAUCAGGGCCCCGUAUGCUGCAGGGUUUUGAAAGAGCACCAACUGCUGUUUGAAAUACAGAUUUUUGUCAAAAUUAUUUCAUUAUCAGACAUAUGGGCUGCAAUAAAAAGAGUGCUGCUUUAAAAAACAGAGAAGUUGGGCAAAUUGGUAUAUCAAAUAAAAUAACACACUUCUACAUCGACCUCUCUGCAUUCUGUCUGUAAAAUAAUUUUUCUAUUUAAGGGUCAGUUGAGUUUACAGGUAGCUGGCUUGCUUGCAGUACCAGUCAGGGCCUGUGGGUGUCGCUGUGGAACACCACACAACACAAAGUGUAGACGAAGGAAUCGGUUUCAUAACAAAACGUCACAUCCUCUGACCGCUAACAAAGGGGAUUGGUGUUAGGAAUUUGCAUCAAUGCUGCGUUCGAUCGCGACAUUCCUGUGCCUCCGGUGCCAACCUGUCACAGCUCUACCUUUACACCUCAGAUCACGUGCGACACAUAGUGUAGCAGAGAACCAGCAGACUGUAGAAGCUCUUUAUGAUCUAUCUGUGGACAUCCAGAAGGUCCGGAAACUUAAAGGAUGGGUGCUGCUUCAGAGUCCAGCCUAUACAAAAGAAGUAGCUGAACUCCUAAAGAACAUGGGGGCCUCGGGCCCCAUCAUUGCUCAUAUUUUAACAAGUCAUCCUGAGGCUGUCCUCUGUAAUCCUGAGCAGAUUUACACUCAAAAAGAGCUGUGGAUGUCUGUGUGUCCAAACCAGAGGGAGCUGGUUGGUGUCAUUGAGAAAUUCCCAGCCUCAUUUUUCACCUCCUCCAGUCACCAUGACAACCAGCGAAACAACAUCUCCUACUUCCAGAGUUUAAACCUGAACAAACGAGUCAUCACCAAACUCAUGGCCAGCGCUCCUCAAAGCUUCAGCCGGCCAGUAGAGCAGAACGAGCUGAUGGUCCACACUCUCCAACAGGCCUACCAGGAGCUCGGAGGGGAGGAAGCUAACAUGAAAAUCUGGCUUCAGAAGUUGCUGAGUCAGAACCCGUUUGUUCUUCUCAAGCCUCCAGAGGUGCUGAGGGAGAACUUCCUUUUUCUGAGAGACAAGGGCUUCAGCACACCCCAGCUGCUCCACCUGCUGUCCAGGCUGAAGGGCUUUGUGACUGAGCUGAACCCAGACAGUAUGCGUCGCACUCUGCUGUACUCUCAAGACACCAUUGGGUGCUCUGAGACAGAGCUGCGGGACAUCAUCCUCAGGUGCCCAGCUCUUCUGUACUACCCUGAAUCUACUCUGGCUGAACGUUUUGAGGGUCUUCUCAGUGCUGGAAUCAGCAUGUGUCAAAUCACAGCGACUCCAACUGUCCUAGAACUAACCACGCAAAUAGUAAAUUAUCGUGUCCAGCAACUGAAGGCUCGAGGUUAUGACAUAAGGACAGGUAGUCUGGAGGUGCUAAAUGGCACUAAGAAGGACUUUGAGAUGAGCUUUGGAAAACUACAGCUCCGUAGGGAGAGACCACUUUUUAAUCCUGUCGCCCCUUUAAAGGCGGAUGAUUGACACGGGUUGUAUGGACGAACACUAACUGGAUCCAUGUCGUUCUUAUGGGUAUUUGUACUUUGUAAAAGAUUAAAGUGUCUUAAUUACAAAUGUGCUUUCACUUCCACUUACAUUAUAAUCAUAUGUUUGAAUUUAUUGCUGUAGUUAAAUUGGAUUAACUACAAUGAUGCCAUUUAAUCUGUACAGUGAAUUUUGCCUGUGAAGAUGCCUUAAAUUUGAAUCGGAAUACUCUGGAAAACAAUCUAUUAAAGACUUGCUUCAUAAUUUAUUUAUUUUUUACUUGUAUGUUUAAAACUGGGUUUUAAAAACAGCUGAAGGUACAAUGCAGAGACUGUUUCAUAGCCUUUCUCUUGCCAAACUCUCCAACCUCGUGGGAUGUAAUGUAAUUAAAAUCCAGUUAACAAGCUAUGGUGUGAAGUGUUGUGAAUGUUUUUUUUUUUUU